CGUCGACACGGACGGAAGUGAUGCAAAUCGCGUUUCUCGAUCACUUUAAUCGGUUUUGGCUCUGAUUUCUGCAGAAGCAGAGGGGUGAUGCUUCUGUGAAACUCACUCCGCUUGGGUAACCUUUGUUCCGCUGCAGGACGCGAUGGAUCCGUCCAGGAGGAGCGAAAGUGACUGGCAGGGGCUGGUCAGUGAGUUCCUGGUUUGUAAGCGGAAGUUGGAGAGUAAGAAAGAAGCUCUUCUGAUUCUGUCUAAAGAGCUGGACACCUGUCAGCAGGAGAGGGAUCAGUACAAACUGAUGGCCAACCAGCUUCGUGAGCGACACCAGGGACUAAAGAAGAAGUACAGAGAACUCAUUGAUGGAGAUCCUUCUCUGCCUCCAGAGAAAAGGAAUCAAGUGAAUUUAGCCCAGCUACUGAGAGACUCCAGAGAGCGAAACUCUCAGCUGUCUGAGGAGGUGAAGGAGCUGAAACAGCGACUACUGGAAGCUCAGGGUGAUAACAAGCUUCUACGGAUGACCAUCACCAAACAGAGGCUGGGAGACGAAGAGGUCGGCGCCCGACACUUUCCCGCGCAUGAGCGAGAAGAUCUGGUCAAACAGUUAGAAAGGGCGAGAGAGCAGAACGAGGUGCUGGAGAACAGCGUGAAGUCGCUCACGGACGAGCUGCAGGAUGUUCGAGCAGAGCGGGACGUGUUUCAACAGAAGGCUCAUCGUCUCAAUGUGGAGAUGAACCACAUAGUGGGGAAUGAUGAUGUCCGCAUCUUAGACAUCGACGCGCUCUGCAUGGAGAACAGGUAUUUGCAUGAGCGACUUAAUCAACUUCAAGAAGAGGUGAACUUGCUCAAGACAAAUUUGCUGAAGUACAAGAGUGCCCUGGAGUGUAGGAAGACCUCUAAAAUCAGUGGAAAGCCCAACAGCAGUGCUCUGACUGGGGUGCUUUCUGCUAAACAAGUGAAGGAACUACUGCUGUCUGAAGAAAACGGCUGCAGUUUGCCGGUGACUCCUCAGUCCAUCUCAGACCUCAAAUCUCUCGCCACAGCUCUGCUGGAAACCAUCCACGAGAAAAACAUGGUGAUUCAGCACCAGCGCCAAAUCAACAAGAUUCUUGGAAAUCGAGUAGCCGAGCUGGAGAAGAAACUAAAAACACUGGAGAUGUCCGGAUUAUGGAGCCUUCCAGGCCUGACUUAUAAUGUGUCUCUGGGAAUAUGCGGAAGGGGAAGAGACGCCAUCAUCCUGAACACGCAGCAAGUUGAUUUGACCGAUCCGUCUGAUUCUCCGGGACAGAACGGUGACAAGAGGUCAGAAAACAAACUAGCUGAGCACGAGAGCUCCCCAGAAGACAGUGUAACACCAGCUGCGUCAGAUUUUCAAGAUGACGCACCAACACCAUCAUCGUGUGUCGAGGCCUCGAACCAAAACUGCUCACCACAGUUGGACGAGCAAGAGUCCUCAAGGCCUCAAACAGAAACGCCAGCUAGUGAGGAGUGCCAGGAAAGUGGCCAAUCACAAAGCACUGCAGUUUUUACCAGUUUCACAACAGAAGAGGAGGGUCUGAGUGACUCCAGUGCUGAUGUGAAAUACUUGAACAGACCUGAUCCCUCAGACCCCGGCCACUCACAGCAACUCUCAGAGAACUCAGUCCCAACAGCUGGAGGAGAGGAGGAGUCCUAUGAAUGCACUGUAGGGGGGGAAAGUGUUGAAACAGAGUGUAAUGUAAUAGAGAGAAAUAGUCACAUUACAUCAUCUACUACUGUGUCUACUACAGCCUCCCAAGAGCAGCAGGAGGACGUCCUGACUACCGCGGAUGUUUGCAGUAGUCAGGAGGAGGUGUGAUGUCGCACAGCAUUAAGAAAAAGACAAAACUAAUUAAAGUAUGUACAAAAUCCACAAAGCUCUUUAAUUAUUUUUUGAAUAAUUCAAAAAUAAAAAAAACUGGUAAACUAAUCUUUGGAAAACAGCAUAUUAGAUUUCAGAUGAGUGCGAAUGAAUCAACAGUGACUCCUACCAAACUGAAGAGUAUUAACGAUACUCUUCAGAUGCUCUAAUGUUUCUCUGCUUUCACUCGCUCCAUUGUCCGAGUUCUGCACCACCUUUUGGAACUGAUGUCAAUGUGACCAAAAGUAACUGGACACCUGUGAUUCGUCAUCCCCCAAACCAUACUCACAGGAGUAAUAAUAUUCACUCCUGUGAGAGUUUCUAUUAGAUUUUUAAAACAUGGCUCAUUCAUUCACUCACACGUUUCAUGUAGUCUGCAUAUCUAAUGUGGCAAAACAGUGAUUUCUCCUUAUUAAAUAAGUAGCAAAAAAGAUGCAUGCAUCAGUGCUGUAUGUGUUAUACUUAAAGGUUUCUUUCUGCUUUUGAAGGUAACAUUUACAGAGUUGUCUGCUUUAGGCGUGAGAAUUAUUUUGCUGAUUAAAUCACAUAAUAAAAAGGAGUUAAUGAUGAUCUUUAUAAUGACCUUUGUUAGGUCAUGAACCGGCUCCUUACUGUCAAGAUUCAGCCCUGGCAUGAUUUCAUUCAGUCAUCACGAGGAUGAAAGCAAUUUGACAAAGAUGUCAGGAAGUACAGUACGCUUGUUCUAAACACGACGUGCCCUAUGUGAACCAAGCGCAAACCCACCUUAUGCUUUACUUAACAUUCGCAGCGUAUAAUCAGCCGUGUAGCAAAGCCGCAUAUGACAACACGGAGUUCAUGAGACCGUAUGAUGAUGUGAUAUGUCAACAAUGUAAAAGCUAACUCAAAUGGUUAACGUUCAGAGACUACAUGUUCUAGUGGUGCUUUAUUUUAUCACAUCAAAUAUUAUGAAAUGGCAGGUAAUGUACAGAACAACCAAUAUGUUAUCAGAAAGUAUAAUAAAAAAUGGGGUUAUGAUCUGAGAGGAGAGCUAAAAAAAAAAAAAAAGGAUGGACAACAAAGAAGAGCUUGUUCAAAUUAACCUGUGCAGUGAAUUUGUGGAAUAAUAUGGAGAAGGGUUCUGAAAAUGUGCACAAAUAUAAAUCAGUUUUAAGAAAUUAUACAUGGAAAAAAACCACUUAUAAAGCAGUAUAUGGAAGCAGAGUAUUAAGUAUUAAACUCUGCCUGGAUAUUUGGGUUGAAUAAUGUGUGGUGAUAUGAUGGUUAUACUGUGCAUAAAGAUAUAAAAAUAUUUUUAGAUUGUUGUAUAGGUAUAUUUAUUUAUAGAUACAGGUAUAUAUUAUGCUCUAUAACCAAAAACAGAAAUAUCAUUUAAACAGGAAGUGGGAAUUGGAAAGCAUUUGCUUCCUUCCACUCCUUUUCGAACAGGAAAUGGUCAGUAUUUUAUGGGAUGUCAGUCUGUGGAGUUUAAUAUAAUGGCUUUCUUUAUUUCAUACCCAUUUUUUAAUAUUUAUUAACAUUUGUUACUUAUAUGUUGGAAAUAAAGAUUUCCUUCCUUUUAUUCUUUCAAAUAUGUGUUAAAUGCUAUAUGACAGCAUGCUACUGAGUGAAUAAAGACAGUCUCAGUUGUUUCUUUGAUCCGACUUCAUUUAUUGACAGACAUUUGAUAAUUACAAGAGUCAUUUCUCGAAGCUCCUGAAAUAUAACACACUGAUAUCUUGAUUUUAUUUUUUUUUAAUCAGAAAAUUUGUGUAAUUUACUUUUUGUUUUUGACUUUAAAAACCAUUGUAUUUGUAUGUAUUCUGUAUUUAUUUUUUUUUACACAAGACCACAGCUACGACUAGCUAACUUAGAGCUACAAAGACAGCACAGCUGAGGCUGAUGGUACUGAAAUUUAUUUCAAUAAUUUUGGUCACAACUUAAAGACCAGGAUAAGCUGGGAGGUGAAUCUGAUGAUGGAGCGAAAGGAAAAGCAGUCCAAUCAUAUAUUUGGUUUGUUGAUACUCCAACGAACCAACUUUACCAUUACUAAUAUUGAACACCAUAAUUAUGCUAAUUUGUAGUAAUUAUUAUUAAAGCAUGUUUCUAAUACUUCUAAGAAGCUACUCUGCAUUUUGGCAGGAUGUGGGUUUAACCACCUCGUUAUUUUUUUCUUGGUAUCAAACUGGAAGUACAGUAUAGCACGCUACUGUACGUUAAUUCCUCCUCAGCUGCCUGGAGUACUGCUUUAAGUUCAUAUUCCAGAGAUUGGGGGACGAAACCCCAAUAAUGCAGCAUGCGAGCCUUCGGCCUGCGUUUCCAUGCAGCAGGCUCCCAGCGUCUCCACCGCGCCCUAAGUCGUCUAUCUUUUCAUGAAUUACCACUGCUCUCCCAAACACAGACAGGCUUCCAAACAGUGUUGCAUCAGAUUCUAGCAUUGUAUUAAUCUUCCCUUGCUGAGGCUCAAAGUUUCCAAAGUCUCCAGGGUGGUUA